GGGCGGGGACGGGGCGCGCCGGCCUCCAGUGUCCCUACGUCAUCUGGGAAGUCCCCUUGUGACUCGGGUGCUUUAAAGGGUUACGGCCGCCCCAGGACUUGCCGCACUCGCGCUCUCCCGGAGCUCGGAGUGUUCAGCUUGGGACUGCGUCCCCCGAUAGUACAGCAGAGAUCGCAGGGGCGCCCAGAGAGAUGCCUGGAAAGGUGUGUAAGAGCGCGCAGCCGAACUCCACGCGGGCAGAGCUAGAAGUUGAGUGUGCUGCCCAGCUCAGGAGAGUUGGAGACACACUGAAUUCCCUGGGUUGCACCACGGAGGCCUUGGAGGUGCUUGCAGAGAUGGCUGGGAAGAAGGCGCGGAAGAGCUCGGAGCCGGAUCCGGCACGGGCGCGCGCGGAGCUGGAAGUCGAGUGUGCUGCUCAGUUGAGAAGAAUUGGAGAUAAACUGAAUUUCCAGCAGAAACUUAUGUAUUUGAUUUCCAAACUCAUCAGUUUGGUAACCUGACUGCUUCAGGAACUUCUGCAUGAAGGAGCUUCUUUCAAAAGAAGAGCAUUCCCAUUUGGAGCCAGUCCUAUUGAUUAGAGGAAGGAUUGCCUUGUAAGAGAGAGAAAUGUGAACGAAUGUUCUCUUGCUUCAGGCUGCUUUUGAAAAGGGAAGAUGGAAUGUGAAGGUUUUGAAGGUAGGGAACAGAGUGAUGUAAUUAAUAUUCCCACUCUGUUCAUAGUGCACGUUGAACACUGAACCUUUGCACUGAUCUACGUCUGUAGCCCUUUUAUUUUUUAUUUUGAGAAAGGGUCUCACUAAGUUGUGGAUGCCGGCCUCAAAUAUGCAGUCUUGUCUCAGGCUCUCAGUGUGCUGAGAUUAUAGUCAUGUGUCAUUCUCUCCAGUUAGCUAAUUUUUUUUUUUGCUUAGAGAAUUAUUCUAGUAUUUCUGCUGUAGAUUUUUGCCUGGUGUAGUGUGAAAGAUGUUGAUAAAUGAUUAGGCAGGGAGGAAGAGAGAAUUCAGUGCUUUUUUUUUUUUCAGUGACAACUCUAGAACUAUAGUUUGGAAUUUGGUUUAUACAUAUAAUCUUAGUAGAGGAAAAAUGUCAUUCUUAUAACACCAAAUGCUGUAGUGAAUGUGGGUUUCAUAAACUACCAUAAAAUGUAAAAUAAUUUUUUUAAAACUUAGAUUGUAUUGUUUCUGUUCAGCUCAUUUUUAAGCGUAUUCUUGUGGGCACUGACUACAAAGUAUGGACAACUAGAAAGUAAUUUAGAAAUUGGAUGAAAGUAUAGAGGAAGAUUUCUUGGUGCCAGUAAAAAAAUUUUUUUGAGACAAGGUCUUGCUGUAUAUUCUAGACUGGCCUUGAAUUCACCAGGUGUGCACUGCUCUCCCUGGCUUUUUUUUGUUACUGUUAAGAGCUUGGAGAUUUUAUAUAGAACAAAAUAAUGAAAAAAGGGAACUUUUUAAUUGAUGUAAUUAAAAAGUAAGACAAAUGUUAAGUAUUUUCUACAUUUUCUAAGAAUUUGUACAAUGCUUUUUCACACUAGUUACACAUACUUUAUAAAGUGAUCUUUUGCCUUUUUACACGUUAUUACACAUGCUAUAUAAAGUGAUAUUUUAAAUGCAAUCAGAAAUGUUUUCAUAAUUGGAAUAUAUUUUUAAAAAGAGAAUAUCAAACAGUUCGCAUCAAACACAAAAAUCUCAAAUACAUAUGUGUAUAUAAAUACAUAUGUGCUUACCUAUAUAAAUUCAUGUGUAGGUACUUAUAAGAGUUUGAUGAUUUUCAUUUAGUUUCAUGGACUAUAGAUAUAAAAUUCAAACUACGCAAUAACAUCUUAUUAAACAUAAUCUCAAGGAAGAAAUUGAUUCAGAGAAAUGCAAAUGAAAAUGACAGUGAGUAUCACUUUAUAUCUGCUAAACUGGCAUUUAAAAACCAGUUACAAGUGUUUGAGGAUGUGGAGGAAAGGAAAGGAACACUUGUACAUUGUUGACUGCUGUAAAUUACUACAGACAUUAGAAAACAUUAUGAAAGUUACUUGAAUAACUAAAAGCUGUACAACCCAGCCUUUCCUCUGCUGGGUAGAUGCUUAAAGCAGUAUUCUGAGAGAGAACUGCUCUUGUGUUCAUUGCAGUAUUAUUUGUAAUAGCUAAGACAUCAAAACAAUCUGUCUAUAGGGCUUGAGUGGAUUUAAUGAAUGAUGUAUAAAUAUAAUAUACUAUUCAGCCCUUUUUUUAAAGACAGGAAAUGUCAUAACCUAAAAGACCUUACAGUAGGUGAAAUAAACCUACCAUACCAGAAACAAAUACCACAUGAUCUCAUAUAUAUGGCAAUCAGUAUAAGUCAAACUUGACAGAGUUACCAGAGCCUGGUUAGUUGUGGGGGAAGGAUUGGCAAAUGGGGAAAGGAAAAUACUGGUCAUGUGGUACUGAAUUAGAAAAUGAUCUCUGAAGUAUUAUUGUAUAGCCAAUUGACUGUAGUUGCUAUAUAUUUCACAACAACCUAAAAGGAUUUGAAAUGUUCUCACAAGAAAUGAUACCCAUUUGAGGCAGUGAGCAUACUAAUCACUUUGGUUUGAUCAUCCUACAAUGCCUAUGUAUUGAAACAUUUUACCCCAUAAAAAAAAAAAUUUAUCAUUUGAAGUAAAACUAAAAAAAAGCCUAAAAGAGGAAAUGUCAUAGUUAAAGUUCACUCAGAGUAUUAUUUAUUUUAUGUAUUUAUAAUUAAAAUACUUUUAGUUUGAAAACCUGUAUUCCAUUUUUGUUAUAAGACAGGUUGUGUAACUACUUGAGUUCUUAACAGUAAGAAUGUAGGCUAGUCACUUUAGCUUAAAAAAUUAUACCUCAGCGUUUGGCUGUUUUUUAGUAUUUUUUAAGGUUAUUUGUUGCAAAGAUUGUGUGUGUGUUUUUUUCCCCUUGGGGAUGAUAUUUUAUCAUGAGUAUUUAUGGUCUGUAACUGUAUUUAUAUGUAUGUACAUGUGAAAGUUGAUUACUGUAGUGAAUUAUUAAAAUUUACCACAAUUC